CCUCCGCCUCCUCCUCCUCCUGGCGAGGGUGGGAAGCGUCAGCUUUGCGUGCUGGGCGCGCGCCGGCUCAUUUCUCUGGCCGUGCCCCAAGCCGCCACAGCGGGUCCUGCUUUAGUUCCCCCCCCCCGCAACACACUCCCCUCUUUCCGCCGCGCCUCUUUUUUCGCCCCGCUUUGCCGUGUCGGGGAAGGACCGCCGGCCGCCCUCCGCCUCGGCUCCUUCCCUUUCCUCCUCCUCCUCCUCCUCCUCUCUUCCCCCCCCCCCCUUUCCUUGAGGGCCGUCACUGGCGUUUGCUCCGCUUUCCCUCCGGCCCCGCUUGGUGCUUUAACCGCCGCCGCCGAGGAGGUGGAGAGGAGGAGGAGCGGGAGCUAACAUGGCGAAAACGGAGCAGGUCUUGAUCUUGGAGCCGCAGCACGAGCUCAAAUUCAAAGGUCCCUUCACAGAUGUUGUCACCACAAAUCUGAAACUUGGCAACUCGACAGAUAAAAAUGUCUGUUUCAAAGUGAAGACCACGGCCCCACGCAGGUAUUGUGUACGACCCAACAGUGGAAUUAUAGAUGCUGGAACGUCAAUUAAUGUCUCAGUGAUGCUACAGCCUUUUGAUUAUGACCCUAACGAGAAAAGUAAACAUAAGUUCAUGGUCCAGUCAAUGUUUGCGCCACCUGAUACUUCAGACAUGGAAGCAGUAUGGAAAGAAGCAAAACCAGAAGAACUCAUGGAUUCUAAACUUAAAUGUGUGUUUGAACUGCCAGCAGAAAACGAUAAACCCCAUGAUAUAGAAAUAAAUAAAAUUAUAUCCCCAAUUGCAUCAAAGACAGAAUCUUCUAUAAUGUCAAAAUCAUUAAGUUCUUCUUCAGAUGACAGUGAAUUGAAGAAAGUAAUGGAAGAAUGUAAGAGACUGCAGUUAGAAGUUCAGAGGUUACGAGAGGAGAAUAAACAAUUUAAGGAAGAAGACGGACUGAGGAUGAGGAAGGCUCCCCAGUCAAACCAUCCAAGCUAUGCUUCCGCCACCACUGUGAAGGAGGAGGGUCUCAGCACAAGAUUACUCGCGCUGGUGGUUUUGUUCUUUAUUGUUGGCGUAAUUAUAGGGAAAAUCGCCUUGUAGAGGCAGCAUGCAGAGAAUUGUAAAUCAAAUUGAUGGAUUUGCCAUAUCAUUGGAUUAAAUUUAUUCGUAACAAAUGUUUUAAAAAAAAAGUGUAUGACAUCUCACAGGUCUUGCCUUUUAAAAUUUUUACCCCUGCACAAAUAUAACAUUAGCAUAACAUAAUCUACUAGAAAGUUUAAACUGUAUACAGAGUAAGCAGAAGAGAGAAGGAAUUAUCUUGAUUGUGAGAAGAGAGGAAGGAAUCAUGUAUUUAACACUAUGAAAGUGCAUUGUUUAAAAAAAAAAGUACCUUAAGCAUUUCUUGGACCUUGAAAUCUAUUCCUAGAGUUCUCCCCUUUGGAGAAAUAAAACGUCCGUCCUUUGGAGGAGCUGAUCUGUUUUGUUCUUAAUAGAAGUUGGCUUAAGUUGCCAAGGAUGUUGGUUUUCUGUAAAAUAUACCUAACCCACCCUGCCUCCUCCAUAAAACUAACGGUUCUGCCCAACGGGUGUGUCUGGUCUCCAAAUCACAGCAGUGUAUCUCAUUAACCAGGUGUUGAUUCCAUUAUGAACUAUAUAAGCAUGGCCGUCUUUCUCCAGCUCCCAUGUCAUCCUGUGCAGUUGUGGAGGAACAGAACAGAGAAAAGGAAGAGAGGAGAACUCAGGACAGAUUCACAGGCCAGGAAGGGAAUCAGGACUUCUGAAUUGACAACACUGUUGCACUUGGUCCGUGCCAGUCUGUGUAUGGUUUGGGCAUCACCCAAAGCUUCUGGAAUGUUUUAACUUUGUCUAGGAGUGGGAAUCAGGAGAAACGGAAAUAGAGAGGCGCAGUUGCACACUUAACAGUUCUUUUGGUGGUGUAGUGAAGGAAAUAAAAAGGCUUACUGUGGGUUUGAAAACGUAGGGUGCCCAAUACCUAGUGGUCUUCAGACAAUAUGUUGCACUAAAGUGCUCCAAGCUGAAUUGCUCCAAGUGGCACUUAUUCAGACUGGCUUUGCAGUAAGAGGGAGCAUUAUAUGGGGCUAUUGCAGUUAGAACCCCUCCCUUCCUCUCUUGCAGUUAAUCUGAUCAGAUAAAUUCCUUUUGACCAUCUGUUUUCUGAUCCAGGUGUGAGUGUUAAUGGGGACCAUAUACGUCUGCCUUCUAAUCCCCCCCCUCUCUCCCUCCCUCCCUCCCUCCCUCUCUCUCUCUCUCUCUCUCUCUCUUUUGCAUCCUGUUUGUCCCAUUCUCCAGAGAUCCUUGCCUCUUCAGUGUUUUGCAGCCAUAGCAAAUUUUCAUGGGCCUUAACCAUACACAGCGUUAAGUGUGCUCAAAGCCUUCCCUCCCUUCGUGUAAUUUGGCAUUUUGUUUUCAUGGAUGCCUAGUUUUGAAGCCGUUUCAAAUCAAGUCUCCAUCCUGAACCAAAAACAAUGGGGUGGUCCUCUGGAGAUCACAAGGCUUGUUUUAAUGCGCAACCCUUCGCUAACAUAAACUUAGCUUUUGCUGCUUUCUUCUCAACAGCCCAGUUAGAAAGUGAAACCAUAAAGCAUCUUUUUUGUGCCUGUCAGCUGAUUCAGUAGCUGAAUUUUUAUUAAUGUGGCAUCUAGGGAGCCAGUGGUGCAACGGUGCUGAAAUAGCCAAGGAUCUGGAGACAACCGCCUGGGGGAACCUUAAAUCAGUAGACUUCCUGAUUCCUCAUGUCCUGUCUAUAGAAAGACAUGUUUGGACACACAGCAUUGGUAAGUCUUGUUUGGGUGAAUUUACCAAGAUAUUGAAGAAAUGUGGAAGGCUUAGAAGAAGCAGAUGCAAUCCCACCACUGCGAGGUUGGAAACGCUGGGCAGUUGACUGCGUGUCAGAUUAUACAGAAUAAGGAGCAAUUCCUUGUUCUUCUAAAAGGGGACCAAGCUACCAUUGCUGUUGGUUCAUGCUGCCUGGUAAAAAAUUCUUAUAUCCAAAUGUGUAUGCAUAUUUAACUUAUUUAAUGUAUUUCAUCUCAUGUUUUUCUUCAUUGUCAUGGAAAUUUGACUACUGCUAUAAAUGGUUACAGAAAGAAAAAGGCACCUGUUCAGAGUUGAUGAAUGGGAUUAAUUUUUUUCCUUUUUAUUGCUGUAGUGGUGAAGAAUUCUUCUGCCUCCCAACACUUAGGGCACUACAUAAUUCUCAGUUUUGAUCAUGUAAACAUUGGGGAAGACAGCGGUCAAAAAACUGUUUUUGUAUAUAAAAUAAGUCUAUGUAGGGGGAAAAAUUAGUAGGAAUUAGUUCUAUGCUGUUAAAAAAAAGACCAAUCCUGUUUGACUAUGUAGUAUCUUUAAAAAAUCAAAUAAAUCUACCCCAAAUUAA